GGGGUGGGGGGGGAGGGGAAAUAAAUCAACCCCCACGAAAAAAAAACCAUCAGUCGUAAUUGGGGAAGUUUUUAAGGUUGUGGUGGCUCCCGACUGUUCUUCUUCAACGCUGCGGAGAGGGGAAAGGAACAUGGAAACUGGCUCAGAGGGAGUCUAACAGUGGAGACAUUGACAUACGGAUUUUUUUUUUUGGGGUGGGGUUGGAGGGGGGGGUGCGUGGCGGAAGGGGGGGGAAAUUCACCUUGGAUAAGAGAGCGAGCGAGAGAGAGAGAAAUUUGGAGGUUCCACCAGCCUGGCUCCUUGGAGCUCAAAACCCUUUGAAAUCUGAACGAGUUUUGUUUGGAUUAAAGGCAUAAGUUGAUUCCGUGUCAUUAAAAUAAAAAUGUGCACCGAGGGUUUCCACUACAGAGCUCUCUUUGAGUACAAGAAGGAAAGGGAUCAAGACAUCGACUUGUUGCCCGGGGAUAUUCUGAGUGUGAACAAAAUGGUGCUCCUCAGCCCUGACUAUCAAGAGGGAGAUGAGAAAAGUCCCAAAGGCUGGCUCAAUGGUGUCAACGAGCGAACCAAAGACAAGGGCGACUUUCCCGGCACCUACGUUGAGUUUGUGGGACCCAUUAGGACCCUUCCACCCACCCCAAAGCCAAGACCUAGACCCGUCCCGCCCACCCCAAUUGGUGCAUCGACUGGAGCUCAAGCCAAAUCUACGUUCCCUCAGGGCAAGAGCUGAGCGAGCAGUUAACUUUGCCGGAUCAAGUGCUGCCGAUUGUAAUGAAGCUCACCGAGGGUUUGGAGAGACCAGGUGCAGACAACGAAACCCUCUACAGGCAUCCUCCUGGCUCCCCGAGCAACGCCAGCCUCAAACAGAUCCUGGAGACAGAUCUGGCGGCUGUUGAUAUUGAUCAGUAUGACAGCCACACCAUUGCUGAAGCACUGAAGCAUUACUUACAAGAGUUGCCUUCACCUGUGAUUCCACCAGUUAUAUACAGUGAGCUGGUCUACACUGCCCAAGAGAUCCAGAACCAUGACGAGUGCGUCCAGCAAAUUAAGAGGAUCGUGGAGUCUCCCAGUAUGCCACAGCAACAUUGCCUUAUCCUCCAGUGUCUCGUCAGGCACUUCUGCAAGGUCUGUCAGACUGGAAGCAACACCCAGCUCACACCCAGGCUCCUGGGAGAAAUCUUCAGCGACAUCUUGUUCAGGCCUUCACUAUUGAGUGCUGAUGUGAAUCCAGAGCACCACAUCAAGAUCAUUGAGGCACUUAUCAUGACUGGAGGCUUGGCUGAAAUGCAAACUGCACCAGCUCUGCCUCCGAAACCGCCUAAGCCCAUGACGCCAGUCAAUGUCAAUGGAAUCAAAGACAGUGCAAGCAUAACCCUGCAAGAUGCAGAGUGGUAUUGGGGAGACAUUUCCAGGGAAGAAGUGAACGACAAGUUGCGUGACAUGCCAGACGGUACGUUCCUGGUGAGAGACGCCUCGACCAAGAUGCAGGGGGAUUACACGCUGACCCUCAGGAAAGGCGGCAAUAACAAGCUGAUCAAAAUCUACCACCGGGAUGGAAAGUACGGCUUCUCAGACCCUCUCACUUUUAAUUCAGUGGUGGAGCUCAUUAACCAUUAUCGACACGAGUCCUUGGCCCAGUAUAACCCAAAGCUUGAUGUUAAAUUAAUGUAUCCGGUCUCCAAGUUCCAACAGGAUCAAGUGGUGAAAGAAGACAAUAUCGAUGCUGUUGGCAAGAAGCUGCAGGAAUACCAUAAUCAAUAUCAGGAGAAGAGUAAAGAAUACGACCGGCUUUAUGAAGAAUACACAAGGACUUUGCAGGAAAUCCAAAUGAAACGAACUGCAAUCGAGGCUUUUAAUGAAACGAUAAAAAUAUUCGAAGAGCAGUGUCACACCCAAGAACGUUACAGCAAAGAGUACAUCGAGCGGUUCCGUAGGGAAGGAAAUGAAAAGGAAAUCGAACGGAUAAUGAUGAACUACGAGAAGCUCAAGUCUCGUCUCGGGGAGAUCCACGACAGUAAGAUUCGCCUGGAGCAGGACCUGAAGAAACAAGCGGCUGACAACCGGGAGAUUGACAAGAAGAUGAACAGCAUCAAGCCUGACCUCAUUCAGCUGCGGAAGAUCAGGGAUCAGUACCUUGUGUGGCUCAAUCACAAAGGAGUGCGCCAAAAACGAAUAAACGACUGGCUCGGAAUCAAAAAUGAGAACACAGAUGACACCUAUUUCAUGACUGAAGAAGACGAAAACCUUCCUCACUACGAUGAGAAGACCUGGUUUGUGGGAGCCAUCAACAGGACACAGGCUGAAGAUUUGCUCCGAGGGAAAUCGGAUGGCGCCUUCCUCAUUCGAGAGAGCAGUAAAAAGGGCUGCUAUGCCUGUUCUGUGGUAGCCGACGGAGAAAUCAAGCACUGCGUGAUUUACAGCACACCGAGAGGUUAUGGAUUCGCCGAACCGUAUAACUUGUACAGCACUCUGAAAGACCUGGUGCUACACUACCAGCAAACAUCACUGGUCCAGCACAAUGACUCUCUGAAUGUCAGACUGGCUUACCCCGUGUACAGCCAGAUGCCCUCUCUGCGCAGAUGAAUGUUCGGAGUCGGGCGGUGACAGAUUACAGAACACUUGAGGGCAUUGUACUUGGCUGCUUUUUGCACAGUGAGUACAGAAUGUGAAUCAGGACAGUGGUGUGCUCGGAAGAGAGUUCAGGUGACCAUGGUGCUACCUAAACUGCCAGCUGUGACUGUCUUGUUCCUUUUUGCUUUUAAGUCGGAGAGAGACACACACGCACUCACACACACACUCACACACAAAAAUAAACU